UGUAUAGAAACGGGACGAAACGACCCGGGAAAAAAGUUAUGCGUGCAGCCUCGCCCACCAUUUCAAUGAAGAAUUUUAAAACUGAAAUUUAAGAAUUUCAUGGAUUCAAAGCUGGGAAUCAAUUUUGUCAAAAGUGGAUCGUAGAAAGAACCGGUUAAUAUUGAAAAAAUCAAACGCUCUCGGCCAUAACGUGUUGUUAGCAACGGAUAACGAAGUCAAAAUCGAUUUUUCCGUUUCCGGCCAAAAAAGCAUACUUUUAUGUUUAAAUGGACCCAUUUUACGAAGCUCUUAGCUUGUACAAGAAGAGGCAUUUCGAAAAAUGUGCCGACAUAUGCACACUCCUACUUGAAAAGAAUCCCUACGACCAGGCAGUGUGGACUUUAAAAAUGCAAUCGUUGACUGCCCAAGUGAUGGUCGAUGACAUAGAAGCUGAUGAGGAAGGAAUUGCAGAUGAACUUUUGGAUUCGGAAACUAUUGCUCAAGUAGCCAGGCCGGGGACUUCAUUGAAAACAGCAGCACCAACAACAGCAGCUGGCAUGAGGCCACGGGGGUCUACAGGGCGACCUCUUAGCGGGAUAGUAAGACCAGCAACGCAAUCAGGCCGGGCGACUUCUUUAGAAAACGCGCUUAAAACGCCCAGAACUGCCAGGUCAGCUAGGCCGGUAACAACUCAUGCAGCUAGAACAAUCAGGCUCGGGACCGCAUCUAUGAUGACUCAACCUAACGGCCCUUUCAUACAGGUUACAAGAUUGAACUUGGCAAAAUACGCAGCGACAGAAGGAAUUGCUAAACCGUUGUUUUUAUAUAUUUUCUACCAUGAAAAUGAUGUGAGAAAUGCACUAGAUUUGGCUGUGGAAGCGACCAAAGCCGCCCAGUACAAAGAUUGGUGGUGGAAAGUCGCUUUAGGCAAGUGCUACUCGAUGCUUGGCCUCACUAGAGAUGCAGAACAACAAUACCGUUCUGCGCUUAAACAAGUACCGACUGUCGACGCUUUCCUGCGCCUUUCAGGCCUUUAUACCAAAUUAGACCAACCCCUGAAUGUUUUAGAAUUAUGCACAUCUGCUCUGCAGAUCUUCCCUGGUGAGGUGACAUUAUCAACAGAGAUUGCAAGAAUACUCGAAGGCCUGAACAAUAUACCAGCCUCGGUUAAAUACUACAGGGAAAUUUUGACCGAAGACUCAACGAAUAUUGAAGCAAUUGCUUGUAUUGCUGUAAAUUACUUCUACUGUGAUCAACCGGAAGUGGCUUUGUGUUUUUACAGAAGGUUGCUUCAAAUGGGUUUAUACAACGCAGAACUCUUCAAUAACAUCGGUCUUUGCUGUUAUUACGCCCAACACUACGACAUGGUAGUCAACUGUUUCGAACGUGCUCUUAGCCUCGCUGUCGAAGAAGCUGCGGCAGAUGUUUGGUACAACAUUUCCCAAGUGGCCAUCGGCGUUGGCGACUUGGCGAUGGCCGUCCAAUGUCUGAGACUUUGCCUCUCGAUCGACUCGAAUCACGGGCCAGCUUAUAACAAUUUAGCCGUUCUCCUUCAUAAGAAAGGACAGACCAACGAAGCCCUUGGAUACUUUCAAGCGGCACAAGGGCUCGGGCCGUAUCUUUUCGAACCGUUUUACAACCACGCACUUUUAACAAAAGAGACUGGAGAUCUACAAACCAGCUAUACAGUGAUUCAAAAGAGCCUGAAUGCUUAUCCAUCACAUGCGCCUUCAAAAGAUAUUCUGAAAUCUCUUGAAAAAUAUUUCCAAGAGUUGUAAAAUAAAUU